GGGCCGGUUGUAUAAAUCAAUUUUGAUCUUAGGUUCAACGGAACGCCGAUCAAAAUGUGAACUGCGUUCAUUCGAUAUUCUGUUGUUCAAUGUAAACUGAACUUUAGUUCAGCUGAACUGAGGUUAGUUUAGGUUGGCACUACAAAUAUUUAGUUACUUUUGGUUUUUUUUAAUUUUUGAUAUUUAACAUAACCUAAAAGGAGAUGUUUGUUUUGUUUUUGUUUGAUUUGGUAGGCUGGGUUGCUUGCAAGUAAAAAAAAGUAAAAGCAGUAAAAGUUUAUAAAAAGUGUAUUUUCUACUUGGUGUGGCUGGUACUACUAAUUAAACUUGAUUUUAAAUAUCUAUCUAUAGAUAAGUACAAAUUGAUAUUUUUGCAAGCCGUUAAAUACUUUCGAAUUUCAUUGUAGUAGGUAUUGCUUUUAUUUUAUUGGGUACAGUAUUUAGUUUUUGUAUUUAUUAUUUGUAGAUUCUUAUUUGGUGGUGGAAUAUUUUAUAAAUGGAUUCUUGUAAGAAAAGAACUGUUGAUUUCAGUAAAAAGGAGGUUGGCAUAUUAAUGAGCCUUGUACUAAAAUAUAAGGGCACAAUUGAAUGUCGAAAGACUGACAAAAUGAACAACGAUUUAAAGCAGAAAGCUUGAGAGCGUCUAUCAAAUGAAUUUAAUAGCAUUUGUGGAGAGCCUUUCAGAGAUUCAAAAGUUCUUUGUGGCAAGUAUGAAAAUCAAAAAAAAACAGGUCAAAACAAAAAUUUGCUGAUAAAAAAAAUACCUACGAGGAACUGGAGGAGGGCCUGUAAAACCUAAGAUAAUUGACGAUAUCGACAAACAAGUUAAAGAAAUUAUAGGUACUCAGAUGACAGGCUUUGAUUCAGAAUUUGAUGGAGAUAGUAAAUAUGGCAACAUGCAGAUGGAAACUCCUGAGGGAUCUCGUUUUAAUAUUUCUGAUUCAGAAUUACCUAAUGAAGACAUAGAGCAAAUGGAGGAAGAUGGCAAAGAUUCUAAUGAGGAAGAUAGUUUAUUGUCAGCUGCUUUACCUACCAACUGGAACAAAAUAACCCCAGAAAAGCUUCGCACUCCAAAAUCGAAGCCAUUGAAAACCAUUUUGAAGAAGACUUGUGCUAAUAAGGAAAAUAAAAAUGUUCUGUCAAAUAAAAUUAUUCCCUGGGCUGCAAAUAAAGCUGAAUUAGUCUCCAAGGAGACAGAAUACCUUGAAAAAGAACAUCUUUUGAGAAUAGAAAUGAUAAAGGAACGCCACAAACAUCAAAUGGCACUAGAAACAAAGGAGAGUGAUGAAAGAAUUCUUAUUCAAGCUAAGAAAGCUGAACUAGAGCUGGAGAUCCUUCAACUGAAAAAAGAUCAGCUGCUAUCUGCUAAUAAAUGAUGUCUGUUUUUAAAAAUAUGUAUUUGUAAAAUAAGUUGUAUUUUAUUUAUAAAAUAAAAAAAUGUUUUUAAAAUUUAA